CUUGAGACGCCUCUUUUUCUAACUUUACACGGCUUCCUGAAGUAAAGGUUGAGGGCUUGGUGAGGGGGAUCGGGCUUCUGUGUCUUGACGUGAGGUUGGGCAGGAGGCAGUCAAAUACAGUUCUGGACGGCGAUCGGCUGCGCGGACAGCGGGGCAGGGACGGUUUGGGAGAGGUUGGGAAUGGGGCGCAGACUUCCGGGUGGAGGCUGUGGUGAGCCUACUUUGGGCCGCUCAGUUCAAUCAUUAAAGCGGUCGGGUCGCCACAAUUGAAUUUCGCUCAUUGAGUUUAAUUGGACGCCAUCGUGUCUGACAUUCACGGGUCUGAGAUUCUUAGCCAAGCACUAGAGAGCGGCUUUGAAAGAAACGGGCUUUGAUUUUAUGGGGAUCACGCCCCGCGUUCCUCAAGACUUUGUUGAGUAAAAUACCCCCUUUGGAGGUAGUCGUUUGGAGGACAGCUCUUUUUAUGACCGAGUUUCCAUUUGCUGUUAACCACUUUGAAAUUAUUCGAUUGGAGUUUUUACUGCGCCCAGAUCAGCUCCCUUUUCAAAUUGCUGUUUUGUGGAUAAAAUUUGCAUGAGAUGGAAGAUUUUCGAGGUAUAGCUGACGAGUCAUUUCCAAGCUUUUUAACCAAUUCAUUACUUGGUAACAGUGGGAUUUUGGAAAAUGUCACGUUUUCUUCAAAUCUUGGCUUGCCUGUUGCUGUUUCAACACUUGCUAGAAAUAGAGCCAGCACUGAUAAUAGGUAUUCUGAUAUCCAGGCAUCUUAUUUAGGAGAAGGGAGGUUUUCAGUUCCAUCUGAGUCAUCUCCCAGUAGCCAGAGUGAAGCUGAACCAAGAGCAAAGUUACAGCUUAGCUUCCAGGAUGAUGAUUCUGUCUCUAGGAGAAAGAACCACAUAGAAAGUCAACAUUUGUCGGAUACUGUCCUCAAAGAGUCGACUUUUCCCAGCGAUAUAGCAAAAACAGAAGAGAAGGAGACUAAAACUGCAGAGUCCUUUCAGAGUCAAGAUCCUUGUGUUAGGAUUUUACCACUGGAACAAGUACAAGACUCAUCUGUUGGUUUUCGUUUACAAUCAUGGAUGAAUAAUAAGGAGAACAAGAUUGCUCAUCAUGAUGCUGGAAAACAUUUUGAAGAUGAGAAUCCAAACAAUGACUUAAGCCAUGCUAGUUUAAUAGAAAAUGAGAAACUUAUGUCACUUACAAGCUUAGAAGAUUCUUCUGAUGGUGAUAUUGAUGAUGAAGAGUUUUAUGAUGAUCAUUUGGAGGCUUAUUUUGAGAAACUGGCAAUUCCAGGAAUGAUAUAUGAAGACCAAGAAGGACAGAAACUUCCAGAAAAGAAUUUUAAGUUACCUAUAGGUGAUUCUAGUGAGGCAAACGAAAAUGGUAGUUUAAACUGUAAAUCUCAGUCAGAAAAUAACAGCUGUCUGAUUUCUCAUGUGUCACACUCUUCAAGAAAUUCUGAAACAACUCACAAAGAGUCUGAGGAAGGGCAUGAUUUUUGUCUACCUGGGAUCAGUAAUUCUAUAGGUAAUAGAAACAGUAGAAGGCAUGAUGGUGUGUUACCAUUUUCCUCUAAUACUUUGAGAAUUGAAAAAGAGAAAAAAAGUGCAGAAAGUUCGAAGGGUAGUGUUUUGCAUUGUGACAAAGAAAACAUAAGAGAAGAAGUUCUGGAGAAGACUAUUAGGGUUGCUAAUGCAAAACCUAAUGCUGAUUAUUUUCAUGACACAAAUGUCAGGAAAGAUGAUUUUGACUUGAUAAACCCUUUCAAGCUGAAGUCAGAGUCUCCUCAUCAAAAAUCUGAUCUACCACAGAGUGUGGUUUAUCAAGAUGAAGAAGGUAGUUGGGUCACUGACCUUGCCUAUUACACAUCCUUUAAUGAAGAGCAAGAUUUAAAUAUGCCUUUAACUGAUGAGAUGAAUGAAGACUUCAGAACUGGUUCUGAGGCAAUGGAUUUGAUUGCACAACAUGAAGAAGAAUUUAAUAAAGAGCACCAAUUCAUGCAGGAAGAAAAUAUAGAUGCCCAGAAUACUUCAUUUGCACUAGGGGAUGUGUCAUGGGGAACUUCAAUUAAUUACAAUUUGUUGAGGAAAGCACAUAGCACAUCAAAUUUGAACAAAGAUGAUGCCAGUUAUUUGCGUCUAUCUUUAGGAGAGUUCUUUGCUCAAAGAUCUGAAGCUCUUGGUUGCCUUGGUGGUGGUUACAAUGUGAAAAGACCAUCAUUUGGUUGUUUUAUUAAAUCACCAGAGAAGAGAGAACCUGUUGCUUUAAUAAGAAAAUCUGAUUUAUCAAGAAGUAAUUUGGAGAAUGAUACGGCUCAUCUUAACCAUGAUCUAUUUUCAGGAGAUUUAAAAGAACAAUCCAAGCCACAAUUAAGUGAAGGAUCAGUUACACUUCAGGCUGAAGAACUGGAGAGUAUUUCACAAGUAGAUGAAAAUGAUGUCACAUUAACUACCAAUGAAGGCAUAACAGAGGACACUUUUUUCUUGAACAACAAACCCCAAAGCUGCAAAGGCAAGCUUCCUGAGGGUGGAGAUUCUAUACUCAGGAUAAGCACGAUUGCUUCAGCUAUUGCAAAUGCAUCAGUGAGUGCUGAUUCUUCCCAACUUGCUGCUGUGAUUAAGGCACUUUCAAAUAAAACUAGAGAGAAGACUUUGCAGGAAGAUGAUAAACAAAAGGACUCUUCAGUUUUGUCUCAUUUCUUAUGUAAUGAUUCGGAAAGAAGUAAUGGAUCCAGUGUAUUUGAUAUGGAGAAAUACCUUAAAAAAACAGAAAUUAGUAGUUGCAAGAGUGGACUGGAGAAGAUUUCAAGAGCUGAUGUAUCUGAUAUUUGGAAAGAUUUAUCUUUACUAAAAGAAGGGAUGACAAAGGACAUCCAUACAGUGGACUUAGGUGCUUCUAGUAUAAGUAUAAGGGAAUCAGAAGAAAAUACAGUAGCUAUUUUUUAUGGUGAAAAUGGAAAGAGUGAAAACCAGGAAUCACUUAGAACAAUAAAUUCUUCCAAUUCAGUUCUUACUAGUAUAAGAGAGUGUGAGAGUACAGUGGUUGAUGUGAAGACACAUUCCAUUGGUGACAAAUUACCAGAUAUUGGUAACAGUGAAAAAGUUACCUCAAUAUCCAUUUCAACGUCUAAUAAUUACUCAUUAGUAAAGAGCCCCAGAGUAACAUCCCUUUGGCUGUCAGAAGAAUGUGAAGAAAUGCAAAACAAUAGAGGAAAACAGAGGCAAAAUGAAUAUGUUAGUGAAGCAAGUAACUGUGAAAAGCAUGUGACUUUUGGAAACCAUUUCUUAAUCCCCCCUAAAAAUGUUGAUUUGAAAAAUCCUCCUGAGCAUGGUGGACAUAAUUCAGAAGAUGACCAGGAUAGCUUCAGACCUUCCACUUCUCCACUGAGUCAUUCUUCUCCUAGUGAAAUUUCUGGAACAAGUUUGUCAGGGUGUGCUUUAGAAUUUUUUGGUUCAGCAGCUCAUUAUCAGGAGUCCCCCUGCAAGAAUGAGUUGUCUCAGUUGAUGGGUCCACAGGCUAGUGUGAGCAGGCUGACUUACAUGUCUGAACAAGAGAGCACCUGCCCCACCACAGCUUCAGAUCAUGUCCUUGAGGACUGCAAGAGUGAUAUCACCAGUGAGUUGAGCACCACAAUUAUUCGAGCCAGUCCAAUUCCAUCAGAGGAACAGGCUGUGGAAAAAUUGAGAGAAAAAGAUCCAUUUCAAAGUAAAGGAAAAGGAGCAUUAUCCUAUGUUAUUCAGAAAAAUUCAGGUACAGAAAAAGUGACUGAAACUACUUCUCUGAGUAGCAGACCUGAAGACAUAAAACCUGACUUUAGAUUUAAUAAAGAUCUUUCCUCUAAAAGUGGACAUCUGUUGGAAACCACUACAAGAAGUUUGACUAUGAACUCCAGUGAAUUGGACCAGAUUGGCCUGGGUCAUCUGACCAAGUCAGGUCUCAGCCACCCAGUUGUGUCAGCAAUGCCAUGCUUUCCUGUGCCACUCCAGGCAUCUGUGAAUGAAAUUGAGAGAGUAACUUCCGACGAUACAUCAACUACCAACAGUGCAUUGAGUGGCCAGGUGGUGCCUCAUCAGAUGACCUCUGGAAACCAGUGUGCCCCUAUUCCCAGCUCUGUGGUUUAUGGCUCUGCUCCUGAGAUGCAGAAUAUGCCCACUUCAUUUCCUACACUCUUGACUCGACAUUCUUUUACCACAGCUCCCUUUCCCUGGCAGUAUUUGGGAACACUACCUGCAGCUGGAAAUGUUGCUUUGCCUCAGUGCUAUGCCGACAGCACCACAAUCUGUGGGUUCUCAGGAAACUGUUCUUACCCUGCUGUCACUGGAGAGCAUGUUCAGAACUCUGUGGCCAUAGACAUUUGUCUAGGACAAAAUACUGGCUCUGGAUUGAUAGGUACCUCUUCUCUUUGUAACCCACCUUCUAAUACCGUACAUCAGAAUCUUCUUAAUACAGCAAAAUCUUUUCCAGUGCAGUCUUUUGGUACAAAUUGUGGAAUUGAACCAUGGGAUUCAGGAAUGAUGUCAGGAUUAGGGCAUGUAAGGGUACCUGAGGAGUUGAAGUUUCCUCACGCUUGCUGUGUUGGCAUUGCUUCACAAACCCACCUCAGUGUGCUCAACCCAACUGCCCACUGGUUGCAGGUCAGCAUUGGGGUUCUCAGUGUCAGUGUUAAUGGUGAAAAGGUGGAUCUUUUAGCAUACCCUUGUUUAGUUUUCAAGAAUAAAGUCAUCAUAAGACCUCAUGCCACAGAAGAGAUCAAAGUACUUUUCAUACCGUCUGAUCCUGGGAUUUUCAGAUGUAUUUUCAGUGUUGCUUCUUGGCCAUUUACAGUAGAUGCUGAGACAGCAGUGCAAGCAGAAGCCUUGGCAAGCAGGGUCAUUCUCACUGCUAUUGCCGAGACCCCUGUGAUUGAGGUAGAAACAGAAAAGAAAGAUGUUCUUGAUUUUGGUGACUUGACUUAUGGAGGCUGGAAAGCUCUCCCGUUAAAAUUGAUAAAUAAGACACAUGCCAUCGUGCCAAUCAGACUUACUAUUAAUGCUAAUGCCAUAGCCUGGCGCUGCUUCACAUUUUCCAGGGAACCCGUCCCUGUUCCUAUGAAAGCUCUUCCUUAUGCUGAUAUGAUUGCUUACCUGGCAGCUCCUUCUGUGAUCAAUCACAUGAUGCCUGCCAGUUAUGAUGGACAGGACCCAGAAUUUUUGAUUAUUUGGGUUCUUUUUCAUAGUCCAAUGAAGCAGAUCACUUCUUCAGAGAUUCUAGACUCAGCAGAAGAAUUCUUGGCAAGAGUCGAUAUAGAAGUUGAUAGCCCGAACCCUACACCAGUCAUUAAAAGUAUUAGUCUUCGAGCUAGAACAGGAAUAGCCAGGAUACAUGCUCCAAAAGACUUACAGACUAUGCAUUUGUUUGCCAGUGUGACUUCCUCAACAAAGCAGCACUUACCUUUGAAAAAUGCUGGGAAUAUUGACGUUUAUUUAGAUAUUAAGAUCCCAGAUCAAGGAAGUCACUUUUCAGUGGUUCCAGAGACUCUGUUCCUUAAACCUGGAGAAGAACGUGAAGUUAUCGUUUCAUUUACUCCAAAGGAUCCCAAAGCCUCUGAAGAAAGAAUCUUGAAAAUAUUCGUGCAUCCAUUUGGACCUCAGUAUGAAGUAGCGUUAAAAGGUGAAAUAGUUCCUUCAAGGAAUAAACCUCUGGCACCUGGAUCUUGCUGUUCAGAUAUUCCAUCAAUUUUAUCCAGCAAGCAGUUUUUGGCUUGGGGUGGUGUCCCUCUUGGUACAACACAGCUUCAGAAACUAGCUUUAAGAAAUAAUUCCACGACUACAAUCCAACACUUACGACUGCUAAUUAGAGGACAAGAUCAGGACUCCUUUCAGCUUCAACACACUUUUGGUUCAGAAGAGCGAUUAACUAGUAACUGUGAGAUCAAAAUUCGUCCAAAAGAAGAUAUUAACAUCUUUGUACUAUUUUCACCUACUCGAUUAUCUUCCAUGUUAGCUAAACUAGAAAUUAAACAACUUGGAAUUCGAUCACAGCCGGGUAUUAAGUUUGCGAUACCUUUGUCUGGAUAUGGAGGAACAAGUAAUGUUAUUUUGGAAGGUGUUAAAAAAUUAUCUGACAGUUACAUGGUAACAAUGAAUGACUUAAUACCUGGCAAGGAGAGUAGAAUUGUUUUUUCUGUUUGUAACACCGGCUCUCGUGCAGCUUUUGUUAAAGCUGUAGGUUUUAUGGAUUCUCAGAAAAAAGUUUUCCUGGAUCCUAAAAUAUUAAGGAUUUUUCCAGAUAAAUUUGUGCUUAAGGAAAAAACACAAGAAGUUGUUACCAUAAUAUAUAAUCCACCAGACAGUGAUAGCAAUCACAAAAUCGCAACAGAACUGUCCACUAUAUACUUCUUUGGCGGAGAUGAAAUUUCACGACAACAAUAUCGAAGGGCUCUUUUGCAUACACCAGGGAUUGUAGAACACAUAUUUCCAGAGCAUAGUAUGCUUCAAAGCAUUGACUUUGCUGAAGGAUUUCAAGAUGAGCUGCUAGUAACUGAAGUGUAUGAUCUUCCCCAACAGCCUAAUGAUGUUCAACUCUUUUAUGGAAACAUGAGUAAAAUUACACUUUCAAUAAUUGGAGAAUUCAGAGAUUCCAGUUCUAGGAGAGAAUGUCUUCAGCCUUCUUCCAAAGCUAACUUAGAAUCAAAAAGCGAAUUUGACAGUCUUGGGAAACAUGAUGGCAAUGUUUCUUUGGAUGUUUUACCAGUUAAAGGUCCUCAAAGUUCUCCACUUUCUCAAGUUGUUCACCCACCUCAAGAUAAAUCAUCCUCUGAGGAAAUGUGGACCGUUCAACCAGAACACUUGAUUUUGGUAGCUCCUUCUACUUGUGAACUGGCAAAAACUGGACGUUUCCAGAUUCUAAAUAAUUCUGUUAGGUUAUUGAAAUUUGAGCUGUACUGGCCAGCACAUUGCCUUACAGUAACACCACAAUAUGGAUUUAUUCAGCCUGAGAGUAAGCUACAAAUUCUUGUGAGUCCUAAUUCCUCCUUAUCCACAAAACAUUCAGUGUUCCCAUGGAGCGGUUUGAUCUAUAUACACUGUGACAAUGGACAGAAGAAAAUAGUUAAAGUUCAAAUUCGAGAAGAAUUGACUCAAGAACUUUUCAAUCGCUUGGCCUCCAGCUCAUUUGGAAUUCCUUCAGUAACUGAGCCUUUAAUUAGUCAUCUGGUAAAACCAAUGACAAAACCACCUUCUACAAAAGUUGAGAUAAGAAAUAAGACUGUAACUUUUCCUACAACAGAACCUGGUGAAACUUCAGAAAAUUUUCUGGAGCUUGAAAAUCAUGGUAACACAGAAGUGAAGUGGUAUCUGUCAUCUUUAGCUCCACCUUAUGUCAAGGGAGUUGAUGAAAGUGGAGAUGUUUUUCGAGCUACCUAUGCAGCAUUCAGAUGUUCUCCUAUUUCUGGUAUAAUGGAAAGCCAUGGAAUCCAAAAGGUCUCCAUCACAUUUUUGCCCAGAGAUAAAGGAGAUUAUGCCCAGUUUUGGGAUGUUGAAUGUCAUUCCCUUAAAGAGCCUCACAGGAAACAUACCUUGAGAUUUCAGCUCUCUGGACAGAGUAUCAAAGCAGAAAAUGAGCCUGAAAAUUUAUGCAUUUCUACAAAUACUCUUAUUAAAAUAGACAGUUUAGUAAAGUCCCGAAGACAAGCCAUAUCAGAAGCUUCUGCUGUCAUACCUGGCAGACAGCUUGAUUUGACCCACCGUGGAGUUUAUGCCCCAGAAGAUGUGUAUUGGUUUUUACCGACUAGAGUUGGGGAAUCAAGGACAUUAAAAGUCAAUUUGCGAAAUAAUUCUUUUAUUACACACUUGCUGAAGUUUUUAAGUCCCAGAGAGCCUUUCUACGUCAAACAUUCAAAAUAUUCUUUGAGAGCCCAGCAUUACAUCAACAUGCCAGUGCAGUUCAAACCAAAGUUGGUGGGCACAUUUGAAGCUUCACUUGUUAUUCAAACAGACGAAGGCAAGAGUAUAGCUAUUCGACUAAUUGGUGAAGCUCUUGAAAAAAAUUAACUCUAAUACAUUUUGUCUAAAGUAAAUGGUAUAAGUUAUAUUUUGGUAACUUCAUUUUUCUACACUACAAUUUUAUUCUUGUAUAUAUUUUAUAUAAUAAAUAUGUAAGCAGUAGGUAUUUUUUUGUUGUUUUGAGAAGUUAAUACUAAAGACCUGACUAAAAUAUCAUGUAUGUAGCCUACAUUAUUGUGCUUAAUUUUUACAGGGGAAAACAAAAGAGUUUUAUUUUUGCAUUGAUUAUGAUAUUAUGAGUAAAUAUGCUAUACCGUUUAAUGUGGUAUAUCCAGAAAUAAAGUUAAUUAUCACUGAACUUGUUUUUUUAUAUGAUAUCAUACAAAAAUGAAAGUAUAGCUUUAUUGUAAUUACUUCCAAGCUCUUGAAUCUGUUUUGUGAUUUUUCUCUUCCAGUACAUAGUUUCCUCUCCUCUAAUAAAUUCCUUCUCUAUUCCUUCUGUCCUUUAGUUGAUUGUCCAAAGUAGAAAGGAAAGGUUACUUUUUUUUAUGAUUCACAAUUCAAUCAUUUCUUUUAAAGAUUUUAUUUAUCUUCAGAGGGGAAGGGAAGAAGAGAGAGAGAGAGAAAUAUCAAUGCGUGGUUGCUUCUUGUGCAUCCCCUGCUGGGAAUUGGCCUGCAACCCAAGCAUGUGCCCUGAUUGGGAAUCGAACCGCAAUCUUUUGGUUCACAGGCCCACACUCAAUCCACUGAGCUACACUAGCCAGGGCGAAAUGUUACUUUUUAAAAUUUUUUUCUCUAUAGUAGGAAAACUCUUUAUAUGCAAAUACAUUGGAGAGGUUAAUGUAUUCUAAGAUAGCAUUUAUUGUAAGUAAAGCCAGAGGAGAUAACUGCUCCAUAAUCUGGCAUAGACAGGCACUCUGCAGGCACCAGUGCAAUCAGGAUAGCAAAGCUUUUCUGUUGUGACAUCUUGCACUGUGACAAGUUGUGAGAUAGAGAAGGUGAUGUGGUUACCUGGUUUUAAUAAUCAUGUUUCUCCUAUCCAGGAGGAACAUGAUUAUUAACUGCUUUCCAACCUUACUAGUAAGUCUCCUGAUAAAGAUUUCUGAACCUCAGCUAAUAUCCUUCCUUUUGGUGCAACAAAAUCCCAGAUUGUGAACAUUUGUGUGGUGGAGUGGGGUUGAUCACCCCACCACACAAAUAUUCACAAAUGGCUUAUAUAUUGGUGGAGCAGAAAGACUACGUACGGAUUAUAUAAAAACCUGCCUUAGAUGACCUAAAAGCAGUAGUAAUUUAGAACCAAUGAUUGUGAGCUGAAGACAGAAAAACAGAUCCCUUCUUUUUUCUUGCACUUUUUUUUUCUUUUUUUUUAAAUUGUUGUUCUAGUAUAGCUUCCCAACUAUUUCCCUUUUUGUUCUUCCCUGCUCUCCCCUAUUUCCACAAUCAACCUCUACCCUGUUGUUCAUGUCCAUGGAUCAUUUAUACUUGUUUGUUGAUUAGACCCUUCCCCAUCUUCCCCCCAACUUCAUUUUUCUCUUGCUUGGAAACCCAAUUUGUGAAAACAAUUUUUACAAGUUAAACAGUUGUUGGUUUCACUGAUAUUAACCUACUCCAAAUCUAGAUGUUUUAUAUCAAUUCUGAGAGGCCUUCAUGUUUGUGCAUUUAUUUGAUAAUAGUCAUACUCAAAAUUAAAACAGGU